GUCAGACUGCUACAGACUGUCAUUCGAGUAGAAGCGUCUCAGGGAGUAGAGUAACAACAGCGAGGACAACCGACGGAAGAAGAGGAACAUUUGGGGUAUGAGAGCCGUCAGAAUCUGGUCCCAUCCUGCGCUGCCCACGGCCCAGUCUGACUGACAACCACCGGAUCAGUAACGACCCUGACCCACCUCUCAGAAAAACACAAUAUCGGGCACACGGGUCACCAUGGAGCUGAGAGUGGGGAAUAAGUACAGGCUGGGGAGAAAGAUUGGGAGCGGCUCCUUUGGGGACAUUUACCUGGGUGCCAACAUUGCAACCGGAGAGGAAGUGGCCAUCAAGCUGGAAUGUGUGAAGACCAAACACCCACAGCUCCACAUCGAGAGCAAGUUCUACAAGAUGAUGCAGGGAGGAGUGGGUAUCCCCUCCAUAAAGUGGUGCGGGGCAGAGGGGGACUACAACGUGAUGGUGAUGGAGUUGCUGGGGCCCAGCCUUGAGGACCUCUUCAACUUCUGCUCCCGCAAGUUCAGCCUGAAGACUGUGCUUCUGCUGGCUGAUCAGAUGAUCAGCCGUAUAGAAUACAUCCACUCCAAGAACUUCAUCCACCGAGAUGUCAAACCCGACAACUUCCUGAUGGGCCUGGGGAAGAAGGGGAACCUGGUUUACAUCAUCGACUUUGGGCUGGCCAAGAAGUACCGCGACGCCCGAACUCACCAGCACAUCCCCUACCGCGAGAACAAGAACCUGACCGGCACCGCCCGCUACGCCUCCAUCAACACCCACCUGGGCAUAGAGCAGUCCAGGCGAGACGACCUGGAGUCUUUGGGCUACGUGCUCAUGUACUUCAACCUGGGCUCCCUGCCCUGGCAGGGCCUGAAGGCCGCCACCAAGAGGCAGAAGUAUGAGAGGAUCAGCGAGAAGAAGAUGUCCACCCCCAUCGAGGUGCUCUGCAAGGGCUACCCCUCGGAGUUCUCCACCUACCUGAAUUUCUGUCGCUCCCUGCGUUUCGACGACAAGCCCGACUACUCGUACCUGCGGCAACUCUUCAGGAACCUGUUCCACCGACAGGGGUUCUCCUACGACUACGUAUUCGACUGGAACAUGCUUAAAUUUGGGGCGAGCCGGACGGCGGAGGACGGCGAGAGAGAGCGAAGGGUCGGCGAGGAGAGGGAUGAGAGGAUUGUGGGAGGUCCCCGGGGAUUGGCUGCUCGGGCGCCGCCCCCAGGGCCCAACCCGCCAGCCGCCAACAGGGUCCGGAACGGACCGGAGGCCGCCGUCUCGAACCCCGCGUCCCGGGUCCCGCAGUCCGGCAACGCGUCCCCUCGAGCCGUGUCCCGCGCGGAGAGGGAGAGGAAGGUGAGCAUGCGGCUGCACCGCGGCGCCCCCGCCAACGUGUCCUCCUCCGACCUCACCGCCCGCCAUGACCAAUCCCGCAUCUCCACCUCACAGGUGAGCAUGCCAUUCGAGCACCUGGGUAAAUGAUCCCUGCGGCUCCUCUCUCACCUGCUGGACUCUUGACAGGGCUUCAAAUGAUACCCCACCCCCCCUUUUUUAACUGCCAAUGGGACAAACGGAAAGAGAGAGAGAGAGAGAGAGAGAAGAUGGAGAGAUGAAGAAAAAGCAGGUCAAACAGUGGAAGAAUGGACAUUUUGCUGAGGACAAACAUGACAGCCCCCCCCUCCCACCUCAAUAUUUGAAAGCUCUACCCGCAAGGAACCCCUUCAGAUCAUUCCAUUACCAUGGUAACCCUGACACACUGCCGCCCACACCCUCCGUACCCUACCCCUGGAUUGGGGAGAAGGCCUGGGUGUUAUUUAUUUCUGGAGGAGGUGAAUGUGGGGGGGGGGGGGGGGGGAUGUGAAAGUUUGUUGAAGAAUGACAUAAAUGGAAUGUCAUCAUUGGCAUAUGCAUACCAGAGUGGACGUGUGAAGUUGGACUUAAUGGGAUGUUGAUUUCGCUUUUUGUUACGUACACAGUGGGAGCCGUGGUGCAACUGCGGAUGUGAAGUUAAGGGGAAAAAAUGUGUUCACAAACACACAUACGCACUUUCAGAUUACAGACCGCUUAUUUUCACUGACGGGUUCAAAUAAACACAGUUCGGUUGCUGUGUAUAAGGUCAUGAAGAUAUACCGGCUUUGCAGAAUCCUCGUUGGACGGUUUUUGUUUUGUGGGGGGCUGAUGAAAACCACAUUCUUUUUUUUAUUUUUUAUUUAAUGUUAUUUUUUUAAAGAUUUGUCUUUUUAUUAGCAAAAACCAGAACAACAACAACUGGAGAGACUGUAUGGGAGGCCAAUGGACAGAUAUGGAACGUGUGUCACCGAAAGGAGAAAGAAUAAGUGAAUUUGAGCCCUUCUUGUUUUUUUCCUUUAUUGGCUGUAAGGAGACCAGCCGCCGUACCACAGCAAGCCUGGGCUUCCCUGCUGGGAUCUGACUGAAGAUUCAAAUUUGUGUUGCUGUGCACCAGGGAGAGGGUGAUCACAUGCUGACGUCACGAGGGGGAAGAGGGGGGGGGGGAAGGGGGAAGAGGUGAGAGAGGCGGAGAGGGAGAAAGAGGGAGAAAGAGGGGGAGGGGCGGAGGGAAAGAGGUCAACCCACCCGCACUCUUGUUCCUCCCCUUUUCAUCCCCCCUUCCUCUCUCCCUCUUCUCUCCUUCACUCCUUCAUAGUUGUCGUUCCUCUGUUUUAAUAAUGGAUCUGAGGGCUACGGGGAGUAAAGGAUUUGCAAAAGGUGCCACAUCUCUCCCAAGCUGUGGUCUGAUUGGAGAACUGGGGCUUUCUUACUGUAUCGCAUCAGGACCUGAGAUGCCCCUUUUGGUCUGUGGUCAUGGUUAUAUUUUUUUAAAUAAUUGUUCUUAUUGUCGACUUUGUCAUUUCAAUGCAUUUUUAGUUUGAGGAGAUGUGCAGUGGAGUGAGAGAAGAGUCAUGGUACACAAUGGAUUUAUGUAUUUUUUUUUCCUUUUUUUUUUUUUUUUUUAAACAAAACUGUAAAUAUUUUUUUGAUUUCUGUGUAAAGCCAAAAUGUGGUUGGUUGUUUUAAGGUGUAAUGUAGAACAAGAGAAUAAGUAAUUGCAUUAAAUGGGCUGGGUUAUAGAAUUAAAAUAAUAAAAUUGAUUCAGUGAGGUGGGAGUAUAGCUGUAGUUACACUGCCAGUUGGGUCAUCUCUUCCCCUUGUUUUAAAUGUUAAGGUGGUAUUGUGAUUACCUUCUAACAGUCUGGAUUUUUCUGAUCUAGUGCACACAGUGUGCAGACUCCCAUGACACAGGUUCUGUUGAUCCUGAAACACGCAUUAUUCGAUCCGCCUUAAGAUUUUACGGAAUGCAAAAGGCCAGCAUAUUAUGUGCUGCUUCCCAUUGGCUAGUCCUCGCUGAUGUCAUCAUUCAGUCUUGUUUUAUUUCUGUCUGUUGUAUAUGAAUGCGCAUGAUACAGGUUUUAACUUUCUGCCCCAAUAAUGCGGGUGCUUUUGCACCGCCUGCAGUGACAGCAUGUUAUUGUAAUUGGUGACAGACCUCUUCUGCUUUAUCCGUGAACUUGUGUCCCAGUAUAGGAGUUUACCGGUGAAUUGGCUGAUGUCAUUUAUGCUGUGACUUCCGGGAACGGGGUUCUGAGGUAGUUUGUGAUGUCACGUCAGCGAAUUUUAAUGAUGUCAUUUCUGUUAAACUGGUUAUGCCACUUGUGUGUGGUCUGCAGUAAAAGAACAACCUUUUUUGGAAACGGCCUGCUUUGGUGACCCACUGGCAGUGUGACACUAUAGUCGGGAGGGAUCCACACUGGGUGGGUUUUUUGU